CUGGUUAGAGUGGCUCAAAGAUGAGAUGCCAUUAGCAUCUAUCCCAGAACAGAGGGAAAAAGUCACUGCUCUGUUUGAAAGAGCAGUUAGAGACUAUCAGUCUGUGCGAGUUUGGAUUCUUUACUGUCAGUUUAUGAUGGAUAUCAUGGAGGGAGAAGACGGUCUUCAGGCAGUGAGAUCAACAUUUGAAAAAGCUAUUAUUGCAGCUGGUCUUCAUGUAACUGAGGGAUCCUCAAUCUGGGAAGGCUAUAGAGAGCUAGAAAUGGACAUUUUAGGAUCCCUAGAGCAAAUGGUGACAGAGGAAAACAAAGAAGUCAUGGCUGAGAAGAUCACCUCUCAAAAAGAAAGAGUGAUGUCAGUAUUCAAAAGACAGCUUGCUGUUCCACUGUUAGGUAUACAAGCAACCUUAAGAGAGUUUGAAGACUGGCUAGAGGACUCUGUUCCUGAUGCGAUCAUGAUUGCUUACGAGAAAGCUUUAGCUAAGUUAGAAGAAUGUCUUCCUUUCGAGGAUACACUGGGUUCAGCUCAAACACCCAAGACUACUGAAUUUAAGUCAUACCUGGCAUAUGAACUGAAGAAAGGAGAUCCAGCGAGAAUACAAUGCUUGUACGAGAGAGCAAUGAAAGAAAAUUGUCUUGUUGGGGACAUGUGGACUGAGUAUACUUCUUAUUUGGAUUCUACAUUGAAUAUAUCCUCAGUGGUUCUUCCAGUGCAUGAGCGUGCUGUCAGAAACUGCCCCUGGGUGUCUCUUCUCUGGCAGAAUUACAUACGAGCACUGGAACGCAACAAACAGGACGGCAACAAAGUGAAAGAAACUCUUGACACAGCCCUGGGAUGCGGUUUUUCUGUCAGUGAAGACUAUCUUCAGCUCUGGCAUUGUUACUGUGAUUACAUGAGAAGAAGAGUGGAGGACUGGGGAGAAGAUAGUCAAAGUUUGAAAGACCUCAGGGAAAAUUUUAAAACUGCAACAGAAUAUCUACAGAACUAUUUUGGCAAUGACGGUGAUCCCACAAAUCUCUUAGAAAGAUACUGGGCAAGAAUUGAGGCAUUUCAUUGUAACAAUAUAACAGAAUGUCAGAGACUUUGGGAUAAUGUGAUACUCUCCAGGCACGGACGAGAAGCUGAGUUCUGGCUCGAGUAUGCGAACAUAUUAAGGUCUUGUCGUGACGUCAAAAAGUGUCGUAAAAUUCUCCAGCGGGCUGUGCAGUCAGUCAGUGAUAACCCUGAAAUGGUAAUCCAAGCCCUGCUCAGUUUUGAGCGGGAAGAAGGGACGUUGGAGGACUGGGAUGCAGCUUUCUCAAAGUGUCGAGUACAGCUAUUGAGAGUCAACGAACGAAGACAAAAGGUUGCUGAGAAAGAGGCUGUACGUGCAAAAGCUGAAGAGGAAGCUCAAGAGAAAAGAAAAAUUGCAAAUGCAGAGAGAAAGGCAACUAAGAAGAUGGAACAGAAAAAGGCCAAGUUUGAGAUGAGGAAGAGAAAGGCCAAUGACCAACCUACCCCUGGAGAAAAAACUCAGAAAAUGACCGAUGACAGACAAGAUUCGGGAGAACCAGUGGCUAAAAGGCCUCACGUUGUGAUUGGAGGUGAAGUUCUCUCGUCAACUCAACCGUUGCCUGCAGGAGAGCCAUCUACGAAAAUUUCACAUGACAGCACAAAGGAUCCCAAUACAGUAUUCGUUAGUAACCUUUUGUUUUCAAUUGAUGAGGAGCGGCUCAUGAAAACUUUCUCACCGCUUGGCGAAAUAAACGAAGUAAGGCUUGUCAAAAACCAAAUGGGGAAAUCAAAAGGAUACGCGUACAUCGAGUUUAAGAACCAGGCCUCUGUGCAAGCUGCCCUGUCCAUGGAUAGGACUAAGUUAGAUGGCAGACCAAUGUUUGUUUCGCCUUCUGUGGACAAAUCUAAGAACCCGACGCAGUUUAAGUUUCCUACAACUCUCGACAAGAAAACAUUGUUUGUCUCCAAUCUUCCAUUCGAAGUCAAAGAGUCAGAGUUGGAGAGUUUGUUCGAAAAGUAUGGAAAGGUGAAGCAAAUACGUCUGGUGACCAACAGAGCGGGCAAACCGAAAGGAUUUGGCUACGUAGAGUUGGAAGAUGAGACUGGAGCAUCAGCGGCCAUUGUAGCUUUGGACGGAAGUCAGGUCGGAGACCGGCAGAUUUCAGUGGCUUUGUCAAAUCCACCCAGCAGAAAACCCAGGCAGCCUGGGGCCGACCAACAGCAAAGAUCGAAAGAACAGCCGGGAAGUCGUGGUCGAGCAAGAACCCAGCUGCAACUCAUACCGAGGGCACUGCAGAAAACUGCGACCUCUGCACCAGCUUCUUCGUCAGAUAACUCGACCAAAUCGAGCGGAGAAAGGACUGAAGCCAAAAAUGGUGGUGAAGUCAAGCAAGGUUUUAGUAAUGAGUAUUUUCGAAGCCUUUUGCAGAAGAAGAAUUAAGCUUGGUGAAGAAUAAAGGCAAAAUGUCUGAACAGAACAAUUUGCUCAAAAAAGAGCAAACGUCGAAACUUGUAACGCAACAGUUAUGACUGCCAUGUUUUUUUUAUCGCUUUAAAGGAAAACACGAAGUGGACACCAUCUACUGGGAGACUUUUGAAGAGCUUUAUAACUUGUCAUCUUGUAGACGUCCAUUUUAAACAUGUUACUAUCGCUUGCUUCCGUUCUGUUUUAAGUUAUUAAAGGAGUUAUGCAUGUUGGACGUUUGCGGUUAACGGCCAACAGCAAAUAGCAGAAAAGUCCUUCUCACUGUCUGCCUUCCACCGUUUGUAUACUUACGUGAAAAUAUUUGUAUUACCUGUGAACGAGAGAUCUUCAGACAUUUUCCCGUUAGAUAGAUUGAAGGUUUUGCAAAGUGAGGUAUAUCAGAAUGGAAUCAAAGUUAAUUUUUGCGAUUUGCGGUUUCCAUAAACAUGCUAAAACUCACUUUUGUCCGUUUGUAGAGGCUAUCGUAGUACUUAUACUGAUUUUAAUAAGUUUUCUGACAGGGGAACCAUGAAAAAAAAUAACAAUUGUAAUGAACGUGACAUUAGAAUGUUAAAUACAAAGAAUCCAAAAUUGA